AUGGAUCCAACGGCAUCGCAGCAGGCGGCAGAAGCCGAGCAACCGGAGGCGGCGGAUAGUGGCGAAAACGAGACUCCGACGGGGGAAGCCAUCGUCUCCAGCAGUGACCCUGGUGUGGUCGAACGGCAAUCAUCGGAACUAAAGGAAAGCAACGUGCCGAAAGAAUCCGCAUCCCAGGGUGACUGCAGUUCCACCCACGAAAAAACAAAUCCCGAUGCUUCCGAGGCGCAACAGGACAAUGAGGAACCUUGCUUGAUUGAAAAUUCACCGGAAAAGAUCUCUCCGGAAAAGUUCAAUGAAGAUGAACUCAAAAGCCCUCCGGAGCUGGAAGUAUUUUCCAUCGAAGAAGAAGAGACGAGCACCGAGGAGGGCGAAGAGGUGGAGGUAGAAGAAGAACCAGCAGGCGGCGAAGAGACAGUCGGUGCCGUCGAAGACUACCUGGAGAUGGACGAGGACGAAGAGAUGUUCCUCGAGAGCACCGAUCGGAUCGGGGCAAACGAAUCGAUUGAUAACGAUCUCAGUACCGACGAGUACACCGAUGAUGAGAAGCGAUCGGCCAACAAACGGGACUCGAAACGGCGGAAGUCCUCGGAAGACGACGAAACCGAUGACGAUGACGUUCAAGUAUUAACCGAUGACGAUGAUGAGGAGGUUGAGGAGGAAGAAGAAUACGGAGAUGAUGAUGACGAUCCGGAAGAGGAAGACGAUGGUGAGUUCCUAGAACGGAGAAGUUCCCCGCUGGGCUAUUCGCGCUCGGGACGAUACGGCAGCGUUUCGGAUUCGGACAGUGACGGAUUCGUAGUGGAGCGAAAACUGAGGAAGCGAUACGACGACUACCCGAGCAAACUGGCGGCAACCAUCCGGAAACGGGCCAUCAAAGUGCUUCACAAACGAAAGAGGAUGCACGUAAUGGAAGAGAGCGGCAGCAGCGAAAGGUUCCUUAUGUGUGCGGAUGGGGCGCUAUUCAUUUCCACGCCAACUCUGAAGCCUGCGCUCGGUUCACUGAAAGCCGGCUGCAAAUCGGAAUCGCCCCAGCAGCAGCGGCCACCACUGGCGGAAUCGAGCGAAAAGAUCCGGGACGGAGCAUCUCCAGUCACCACCGACGACAGUCACCAAAACGAAGCCAAAGAUACGGAGCAGGAGGACGAAGCGGCACAGCGGCGGCCACAGGUGAUAGAGAAGCGCUCGGAGAGUGACCAGUUUACCAUCUCCAGUACCAUAGACGACGACGCCGCCGCUACCGGUGACAAAAUGCCAACGGCGACAGCGGCGAUGGAGGACGUGCCGGAGCGGAUUGCCGACUCGAGCGACGAUGGUCUUUCGAUGCUUUCGUCUAAGAAGUCCAUCACCGCCGCCACCACACCGACGGUCAACAGUUCCGCCAGUACUGCCGGACCACCACCGCCAGAGACUGGCGGGCAGCCAGAAAAGAAGGAGUCGUCGGGCGACGGAAAGGAACCAAGCGACGAAGCCGAGAGCGGUGCGUCACCUUCGCCAAAAGAAACAGUUCCUAGCGAAACGGAAAGUAAAGGCAAGGCAGCAGCGGUGGUCGGUAAAGAAGCGUCGGAGCGGGAACCAUCGGUCGUCACCGAAUCGCAGCCCACGGCGGACGACGUGAUGGAAGGUAUCGACGAUUUCAUGGACCACAACGGCAGCAGCGGUGAUGGCGAAGAGAAGGAUGACUUCAACGAUGAGCUAACAUUCCAGAUGGACGUUGACGAGGGGUCGGCGGAAAAGCCAAAGUCGGAUGAAAAGUCGGAAAACAGUCCAGCUGGCCAGGUCCAGGAGAGCAGAGCGAACGCCAUCGACCUAACUUCUUCCAGUGGUGGCCAAUCGAUCGAAGAAUCACCCCCAAAGUCGACGGAUGCCAAGGAAGCCGCGUCGGAAGUAGCCCAGCUGCCAUGUUUUAUGAUCGGUUCGGUUGUAAGUCUCGCGCCGAAAGAUCCACCCCUGGCAGAGCCAUCGCCGCCGCCACCGAGCACGAGUGAGAACGCAAAGGACGCCACCAGUACCGUGGUGACCUCAACACCGGUCUCCGCUAGUGUUCGCCAGAAGUGCGAUGGUGAUGCUGAGGUGGACGUGAAAAAUGAACAAGAGGAGGCCGCGGGAACGGAUGAGGUGCAAAAUCUAUCGAAGGCCAAACCACUGGCCAGAAGCAGCACCAUUAGUGACGAGGUGCAGCAACCACCACCGGCCAAGGGAUCGGCCCGUCCUGCGGAAUCGGCGAAUCGAAAACGAAGACGCUCGGUGAAUGAUGAGGAAGAAGAAGCGGCCAGAGCGGCCACCGAAUCGGACGAACCGAUAGAGCCGGCCAAAAAGCUGAAGCUCGAGGUGGACUCACACUUUCGCGCUCACGAGCGCGUCGUGAAGGAGUACAUCGACACGACGCCGAACACGUCGGUGGACGAGAUACAGUCCACCACCGACGUGCUGGUGAAGGAGAUUCAGUCGCUGAACGACGAAAUUCGCGACACGGAGCGCAAGUGGAACGAGCUGCUGCACCUGAAGAAAGUGAAGGAAGAGAUUCUGCUUCGGUUGAACCGCCGGAAGCACGUGCUCAGCAUCACGGAGACGCGGUUGGGCGAGGUGUCCGCGUACAACCAUGCGGAUUCGUCGAACUUCAGCAACCAGCACGAGCAGCAGCAGCAGCAGAACCACCAUCAACAACACCAAGGACAGCGUUCGUCAUCGGUUGGCCCGAGGCUACCGACGCCACCGCCGGAGGUUGAGAUUCGUCCCGCAUCGGUGACGAUAACCCCGACCAACUACGGCGCGACCACCAACGGUGGAACCUUUGCCGAUAAGCCCGGCACCGGAUACAAUGGCAAUAAACUGAUCUCUAAUCGUCGCAGCAGCAGCAGCAGUGGCUGCGGUGGCAGCGGACAACAGCAGUACAACAGCAGCAACAGUAGACAUGCCAAUGCCAAGGACACGGACCGGUUCGUGUCGCAGUUCAACAACAGCAACAACGCGGUCACGAUGGUUCCGCUGCACAACAGCACGACCAGCAUGAUCCUGAAUGCGCGGGCCAACAUGAACAAGGCGGAGAUCGCGCGGGACAAAUCCAUGGCCGAGCAAAUUCAGCGCCACAUUCUGCCCAAACCGGUGCUCAGCAACCACCAGCAGAUACUGAACAAUUUGGCCAUCUCCGCGGGGCUCACCGCUUCCGGUGGCAACGCAACCGCACUACAGAAUGGCCACCACAGCAGCACAUCAUCGUCGGCAGCGGCCAGUGCCGCUGCUCAGCUGCACCACCAGCAGCAGCUACAGAUCGGUCGCCAAGGAAUGCGCAAGGAUGUGAGCAGUAUUAUAGCCGACUACCGGCAGAAACACCCAGAGAAUGUGCCACGCCGCGGGCGGCGACUGAAGAACGUGCCGAGCAGCACCGGCAACAACAAUGGCGGCGGCAACAGUAUUGCCGCUUCGUUCGGUGAUGGCGGUGCCAUCAGCCUAACGGCGCUCUCCGGUGGCAAAUCGCCGGGCUCAGGGCGCUCGAACUCGGUAUCGGCCGAUGUUGCCAACCGUAUCUCGGAGCUGAUGGCCGCGGCGGAGACCUCGCGCCCCUCGAGCAACGAUUCGAGUCAGAGUGGUUCGAAUCUGCUCUCGUCGCUGGUAUCCGCCGGCGCCGGCACCAACACCACCGGCCAGCAGUUCCUUAAGGAGGUGCUGGCCCAGUUUGCCAAGAUGAGCCAGAAUGAGCAAUGUUUGCUGUCGAAUCUGCAGCUCCUGACCAAUAAUCUUUCGGCCAGCGGCGCUAAUACGGUAUCGUCUCCGCAGCAGUCCCCCCAAAACCUGCAGCAGCAGCAGCACUCAGGCCAGCACCAGCACCACCACCAACAGCAGCAGCAACAGCUGCAGUCCGGUGGGACGAAAACGUCCCUCCCGGAAGUUACACUCCACCCGGUGAUGAACUCGACCGCCCAUUCGGACACAGUACUCGGAUCUCACAACAGCUCGUUGGCCGGGGUUAACCUGAGUGCGGUCGCCAACACCAGCACCAACUCGCUGCUUCACGGCAUCCUGACCAAAUCGGCCUCACGGCCGGCGGGGGCCGCGGCAGCAGUCGGUGCCGCGGUGGCGGCCAAUUUUAACUCCUUCUCGCCCACCCUGGCACGCCUGCUGACCGCUCCGGAGCGCAUGGGUUCCCAGGCGCAGACGUCCUCGACCGUGACGUCCGGUGCGCUCGCCAGCCUGCACCACCCGGGCGGUAGCGUCGUCAGUGGGCUGAAUUUGUCGAAAAAUAAUAACGAAAUUUCCAUCACGCCCGUCCUGGGGCCAAACAUGCAGCAAACGCUGCUGGCACAGCAACAGCAGCAGUUGGCCGACCAGCAGAAGCAACUGCAACGGCUGCGGGACCAUCACCUGUUCAAGGGUGAACCGUAUCUGAAUCUGGACGACGAGGCAGACGAUAGCGCGGAUCGGUUGGUGAUCGACGAAGGGGACGAUAUCAUGAUGGGCCGCGGGGACUCGCGACGCCGUGGGGCAGAAAUCAACGAGAACGAGGUGCCCCAGUGCCAGGGAUGCAAACGGAUGGAGGCCAAAUUUGUUUGUGCUGGCUGCAGCAAUCAGUGGUACUGCAGCCGCGCGUGUCAGGUUAAAGCCUGGGAUGACCACUCGGAAGUUUGCUGCUGCGAUUAAUCAGCCCCAAGCUACGCUGCUGCAACCGUGAGUCGUUCGCGGCACACAUUCGAAGCUGCCAUGAAGCCGUGAUGCGUACCACUAAGCGGCUGACAGUAAGAAAUGAGGCGCAUGAGAAUAUUUUUACUAUUAUUUUGUAGGAUAACCACACGAAACAGUUGGUGGCAUCGUACACACGCGCUGCAAUGUAUUUAGAGGAAUGUACAAUCGAAGCCGGAACGGAAGUGGCUUGUCUUAGGUGUAUUUUUGCACUGCUUGCGAGAGAACAGUCUUCUUUUAUUAUUGCCAUGUGAUACUUUCGGUGUAACGGAAGAGAGAUGGAUUUUAUUUUAAUCAUCACCUUCGCACGCGGUUGCAUUCAGCGAUUUCUUCCGCCUAGGAAUGAGAUCUGGCCCUCUAUGUGCGGCGAUUGUGUGGUGGUCACGUUAGCAGGACAGCGUUGAGCAGUACUAGUGAAGACAAGCAUUUGGAGCGAGCAAUAAAGUAUGUUAAGCAAAUCGCAAGAUGUGCAGCUAUCAGCAGCGGCGUAAGCAAGUUAUUGAACUUGUAGAAUUCUUCGUGGAUCGCAUCGAGACGUGCGCCGUGUGUAGCUUACCUUACAUUCGCGAACGCGUUAUGCGCUUCGUUCGGUAGAUUAUAACUUAUUCAGACCGUUUGAAGGGCUACCAUUUAGUUACUUUAGUUCCCCGCACGCCUGCAAAGAAUGUUUCGGCGCGUCGAUAGCUUCGUCGCACGUGGGGAGCAUCAGCGCCGUAGACGGAGGAAUAGAAAAUAGUCGUACAUGUUAUUCAAUAUUAUGGAUCUGUAUGGAGUGAAAAGCGCGAUAGUUUUAUGAUUGUCUACGUCUGUAUAGAAGAAAUGAAUUGCGAACGCGCGAACGUUUGAUAUCGUCUAACGGUGGUGAAACAAAAAGCGAAAGCCAAAUAAAGCACUAAGACUAA